CCUCAGUAGGUGGCAGUAUAGAUAUAAACACCCCAGAAGAAGAAGGCGGAGGAGAAGAAGAAGCUGCAGCUGUUCCAGCUCCAGCUCCAGCACAAACAUGCCUUCGCCGAUCCCGGUCACCCGACUAUUGCCCAGAGACUUCUACCCCUCUCUGGACAUUGGGACGUUCAGCAGCCCUCUGAGCAAACACUCCCACGGCCCCAGCCUCCAGGUCCCCGUCCAGCGGCUCCCCGACUCCAUAGCCAGCCGCCGGGUGUCCUCCGUGAUCCACUGGAAGCAGCUGCGCUCCGUGCAGCCCGUGGGCUCCGGGGGCUUCGGCUCCGUCUACCGGGUGGAGUACUUCGGAGAGACCGUAGCCCUGAAAGUAGUGAAGAAGUGCACCAAGAACCGCCUGGCUUCCCGGCAGAGCUUCUGGGCCGAGCUUAACGCGGCACAGCUGCGCCACCGGAACAUCGUGCGCGUUAUCGCGGCCACCACCUGCGUCCCGGCCGACGUGGGCGACGAGAGCAGCAUCGGGACGAUCCUGAUGGAGUUCGUUGGAAAUCAAAACCUCCAGCAGGUCAUCUACGGGGGCGCAGAGGCGCUGGGGGCGGAGAGGUGGCUCCGGUACUCCACAGACAUCGUGAACGGCCUCAGGUUCCUCCACUCCCACAGCAUCGUGCAUCUGGACAUCAAACCAGCCAACGUGUUGGUCUCCGGGGAGGACGUGUGUAAAAUAGCGGACUUCGGCUGCUCUCUGAAGCUGGACCACGGCUGUGAGCUGAGUGUCAUUAGCCCACAUCUGAGCCACGUAUGCGGCACGUACACGCACAGGCCCCCCGAGCUGCUCAAAGGCGAGAGCGUGUCACCUAAAGCGGACAUCUUCUCCUUCGGGAUCACCCUGUGGCAGCUCAUUACCAGAGAGCUGCCCUACACCGGGGACAGGCAGCACGUCCUCUACGCGGUGGUAGCGCACAGUCUGCGGCCCCCCGUCCAGGACCAGCCGGUCUUCCAGUCGGAUCUGGGCCGGCUGUGCAGGACUCUGUUGAGCCGGUGUUGGAGCGGAGACGCUCGGAUCAGACCCAGCGCCGAGGAGCUGCUGCCUCAGCUGGAGCAGCUCAAGAGUAAAGCUACACCCACGGCUUUUACUUGAUGGAUUUAAAGGUUCCAGAAGAUGCAGAGCAACAGUUUUAGAGACAUUUUAGUACAACAAACGGCUCAUCUGCUGAUUCCACCUGGACUGAUGUAGCAAAGCUAGGUGGAGUCAAACCUGAUUAUCUCUGGAGCACUUUUAAAGUUUUUUUUCCCCCCCAACCUUUUGUUUUAUUUCAGUUUUUUCUUCAGGUUCCAGUUAAAGUUAAUUUUAUGCUGCUGCUCUGUUUCAUUUAAUUGUUCUGUUGUCUGUCCGUGAACCUCUUUAAACUGUUGUGAAUUUAGUUUUGUUCCUUCAAUGAGACUGUGAAGUGUUAUUUAAAGGUGACAGGUUUUCAUUAAAAUUAUUUUUAUAUUA